AUGGCCAUUGGUCAGACGGUGGCGGAGAGGUCCGAACAGCACGAUGCCGAAUACGAGGACAUCUUGCUCGUCGCAGAGGAGGGCCACCAGGGCAAGUUCGUCCGCAAGUCGGAGAAACAGCCCAAGCUGUACAAGGCAAAGGUGGUGCAGAAAUGGGCGUUCACUCUCACGCGCGGACCGGAGGGGAUGAGCUCCAAGGAGCUUGCGGAGUGGUUGGUGGCGCAGGGGGAGGCAUUGGUGCCUGGGAUUGCGAGGGGGCGCACGCUACGGGACCUGGGCUGCCUUCUUUGCCACUCAGAGAAGGAUAUGUGGAACUACGUGAUUCGUAUGGUCUUCGCAUACCACGAACACGUAGCAAUUGCCCUCUUCCGCUCCGUGGCAGGCGGAGAGGGCUACCCCAGCGCCGACCUCUUCAAGGGCGCUUGGUUCGGCGGCGAGUACGAAGGCGGCAACCACGCCCUUCCCGUCGUCCCCUUUGGCCGCCUUGAAGGCUCCCUCGCCUGGCGCCUCAGGCAAAAGGCGACCAGCACCAUGGGCGAGAGUGAGGCGGGGCAAAGGUACGAAGCCGCGCUCAAGAACUUGGACAACAUAUCCCUCGGCUCAUCAAUGUUGUCCAACUCCAAGACGCGACAAAGGCUACACCCGAGGUACUGGCGCCUCACCACGCUGCGCGACCCUCGCCCGCAGAACCCCGGCACUCGCUCCCGCCCUGGCCAGCCUCAGCAGACGUCGCCAUACCUCGACCCCUCACAGACCCAAGCGCAGGCGCAGGGCGACGAAGAUGAUGGCGACGACAACGAUGACCAAACUGCCUUCUCGGACUACAACGACGACGAGGACAACGACGAGAAUGCCCAGGCCCUCACCGAGGACGCCGAGUACGAUGUUCUCUUCGACGCCGAGCAGCAGCUCUUCCCGCCUGGCCACGUCGACAUCGUCACCUUCGUCGAGGAGCUCCCCACCGCCGCCAGCUCACGGGGUGACGUCUCCGAGACCCACUGCGUGGACCUGGAGAAGAGGACCGUCUUCGUUCUGCCGGAGCUGGGCAAGGACGAGAUGGACAGCCUUUGGGAGCGCUUGGCGGGUUCGUCGUUCCGCGGUCAAGUCAGGGGUAACACCCUCAUCGUCUCUUGGCGCAAGCAUGUCGGACAUCUCGAGGCCAAGCUCGACUUCGACAUCGCCGACGGAGAGGUCGAACUGACCCUCACCGCGCAGGAUGGCAACCUCAACCGCUGCCUGCCGCAAUCGGCCAGCCCGCCUACGUCGUUCCUCCUGCGACGCUACACGAUGACGCUCUCGCGCAGCAGUGGGGGCAAGGAGGAGUCUUGGCCGAUCGUGUGGGACGGCAAGACUGUGGAGGAUGACUGGGAGAGCGGCUUGUCGCUGGUGGGCGAGAUUGCGUCUUUCCAGCGCAAUGAGCCCCUCGUCUUUGCGCCAACGCGCCACCCAGACCUCGAGGCGCUGCAGGGCGUAGGGGUUUGCAUGCGCGACGGGGGCUCGCGUUUCGACCUCAGUGCGGGGAAGAUGGCGUUGCUUGGACCAUGCCAAUUGGGGCACCUUCGAGGAGGCGGACGAGGCGACGAGGGAGGUAGAGGUCCGUCUGCCGCCGGUGGCAGCUGA